AGCCGGCAUGGCAGUAGGAAUGGCCACAAGGGGCCAACGGAAAGCAGGUGACAGGACAGGAGGCUGUGGUGGGGCCUGACCGAGCAGCCUUUCCUUCCAAAUCUGACUGUGGCUUGCUCAGGCCCCUAUGGUGGCUGUGACCCUGUUUUGUCCAUCUCCUUUCACCAGGACCCACCGGGUGAGGGUGGCUGGAGCACAUUCCUGGGCUUGGAGGUGGGAAGGGAGUCUGAUUUGCCUGGGGUUGAUGUGGGGGGGCUCUGGGCAUGGGCUGUGACUCACAGAGUGGAUCCAGAUCCGCCUGCUCCCCUCAUAUCCUGUUAUUCAGAAGGCCGUAUCCGCUUAGAAAGUGUCUUUUGUCCUGGGGUAAGAGGGUGACGCAUGUGCCCUCUGGCAGUCUGCUGCUGUGUCCAGAGUCCGACUCCAGCUGGGCUGUAACUGGGCUUGGCCCCACCUUAGGCCCCGCCAGCAGGCGAAGCAGGGAGAUGUCAGACUGCUACACGGAGCUGGAGAAGGCAGUCAUUGUCCUGGUGGAAAACUUCUACAAAUAUGUGUCUAAGUACAGCCUGGUCAAGAACAAGAUCAGCAAGAGCAGCUUCCGUGAGAUGCUCCAGAAAGAGCUGAACCACAUGCUGUCGGACACAGGGAACCGGAAGGCUGCGGAUAAGCUCAUCCAGAACCUGGAUGCCAAUCAUGAUGGGCGUAUCAGCUUCGACGAGUACUGGACCUUGAUAGGCGGCAUCACCGGCCCCAUCGCCAAACUCAUCCGUGAGCAAGAGCAGCAGAGCAGCAGCUAGAGACCCCUUUGGCCACACCUUCCAGGCACUGGCCUGAUGCCCUGCCCUGGUGCUCUCCCCAGGCUCCCUCCUCAGCCUCCUGCCCACCCAGGGCCCUUUACUCUCUUCUCCCUCCAGACCUUCCUCUGACCCUUGCUGAACUGGGGUCCCUUUGUGAGUGUCUCAGUCUAGGGGUACCUCCCUCCCUGGGGGGGUCUCAGCCCCUGGAGUCAGCAGGCCCUUGGGGCCCCUCUGUGAGAUCUCAAUGCUGUCUGGGGACCCUAAGAGUUUUCUCACCUGUUCAGUCUCAUCUAACCUUCCAAUGUCUGAUGUUCCUGCUCAAUUCCUGCCUGAUUCUGGGUCCGUCCUGACCUCCAGACGUCAGUUUGGUGCUUGAGGUCUCCCUGCUCUUGGUGGCAGUGGCAGCAGCAGCAGCAGCAGCAGCAGAGACCUCUCCACUUUCCCUUAGCCCCUCUGCUGGGUAGAGAGGUACUUUCAGGGACUUCCCUCCAGCUGCCUCUUCAUCUGGGAAUGAGCUAAGCAAGGCUGAGCCUCCUCCUGUUGCUUGAAAUAAUGGUGAUAUAAAGGCCGGAUUUGGAGUUUGUAUCCCCUGGUCCCUCUGGGAUGCUCAUUAAAACCUUCCCACCCCUUGGAAA